AUGGUUUUUGCGAGGAAUCAUAGCAAAGUUUUGGAUGCUACAUUGGAAGAAGAUGAACGUGAAAAUCACAGAAAUAGCAAGGGAAUGUCGUGGCCUAUGGCCGCCAUCUUUAUCGUUGGCGAUAUGAUGGGUGGAGGAAUGAUUGCAUUACCUAUUGCUUUAGUAAAUGCAGGUCUUCUACCUGGAAUUUUAACAAUCAUUUUGGCUGCGAUAUUUACUGGAUAUACAGGAGUUCAGCUUGGUGAUAAUUGGACAAUGAUGCAGAAACGAUGGCCGGAGUACAAGAGUUAUUGUCGAAGACCGUAUCCCGAGAUGGCCUAUCGUGCAAUGGGU